CAAAUCCUCGCUAGAAAUAGACCCAGUCACGGCCUGAAUAGUAUACAGACAAAGACUGUAGCAUCAAUCACCCCCAUGAUUGUUCCUGAAACUUUCUAUUUCAAGUGCCUCCUACUCUUCAUUAGUAAUAGAAGAGCUUGUUUUCAACACCUUCAUAAUUUACUUGGGUCUGGAAUUGUUAUCUUUGUAGAUGACAGCUUGGCCAGCGUUAUGCAUUGUUUGUAUAAUUGCUGUACACUCUUUCCUGCUUUUGAUCAAAGACACUGUGUUUAAUGUCAGACUGACACUGUUUCCAGAUGUUGUUUUUGGAUUGUGUUAAAUUCGGAGAUCUUAAAAACUUUUUAAAAUAAUAAACUGUAGCAAUGGAGCCUACAUUUAAGUUCCACACAAUGGAGUUUGUUGACUUCAUACGCAUCCCAAAGGUGGAUGACGUUGUUCUCCAUCGCCAUGGUUACAAGUCGGUAUGCGGUACACUCUGUCUCACUGGACACCACAUGAUACUUUCAUCUCGGCAAACAAACUCAGAAGAAUUAUGGCUCCUUCAUAACAAUGUGGACAGCUUGGAGAAGAAGUUUGUAGGUUGCACCGGUCAGCUGACGGUCAAAUGCAAGGACUUUGGCAUCAUCAGACUGGACAUCGUUGGGAUGGAUGAAUGCCUAAAGGUAGCCGAGACUAUUGAAUCUCUCUCUAGUCUUGAGCCAGUGACAUUAACUUAUCCGUUCUUCUACCGAAGUACGUUUGAUGAACUGGAGGACGGGUGGCAUGCCUUCUUACCGGAGAACGAGUUUGCGAGGCUCGCAAGUGAUGACUGGAGAAUCAGUUACGUGAAUAAGAACUUUCAGAUCUGUCCGAGCUAUCCUCCCGCUGUGAUAGUGCCCAAGUCUAUAGACGAUGAUGCGUUGGUGCAAUCGGCCGCAUUCCGUUCUGGAGGAAGAUUCCCUGUUCUCAGCUACAUGCAUACUGCCCAGAAAAUAGAACCCAAAGCAAGUAGAGGAGUUAAGACGGUUAUCCUACGAAGCAGUCAGCCACUGACCGGGACCAACACCAAACGAUGCAAGGACGACGAGAGACUAUUAAAUGCUGCCCUCAGUGUUGGAAAGAGGGGAUAUAUCAUCGAUACAAGGUCAUUGAAUGGAGCUAUGGCCGCAAGAACCAAAGGUGGAGGUUUUGAGACAGAAGUGAAUUAUCCCCAAUGGAGGCGUGUCAACAAGCCUCUUGAUAAACCCAGUAUCCUACAAGAAUCUCUCUGUAAACUACUUGAAGCAUGCAUGGACAACGGAUGCUCUGCCGACAAAUGGAUCAGUCGUCUUACAAACUGCGGUUGGUUACACCAUGUUAAGGAGACGCUCACCGCAGCCUGCUUAGUUGCACAGUGUGUUGAUAGAGAGAAUUCUGCUGUUCUUGUUCAUGGGUCAGAAGGUCUGGAUGCGAGUCUACAGGUGACCUCAUUGGCUCAGGUUAUUCUCGAUUUAGACUGCAGAACAGUGAGGGGCUUUGAAGCUCUUAUCGAGAGAGAAUGGAUCCAAGCUGGCCAUCCGUUCCUCAGCAGAUGUUCAAAGUCAGUCUUCUCUCAGAGCAAGAACAAAUACGCUGGUCCGGUGUUUCUUCUCUUCUUAGACUGUGUCUGGCAGAUAUUCCAACAAUUCCCCUGCUCCUUUGAGUUCAAUGAGAAAUUCCUCAUCAUGCUGUUUGAGAAUGCAUACGCAAGCCAGUUUGGUACAUUUUUGUGCAAUAAUGAGAAUGAAAGAAGAAUGGCUCGAGUAUCUGAGAAAACAGUUUCUCUUUGGACAUACAUCAACCGUCCUCAGAUUCUCCAGACAUUCUUCAAUCCCCUUUACCAACCCAAUCAGCAGGUCAUCUGGCCUUCGGUUGCCCCACAGAGCCUGGCGCUAUGGUCAAGCCUUUACAUGAGAUGGACGUUGAGUGAUACAGUGACCAGUAUACCUACACAGGUCAUCAGAGAUAUCAAACAGAGUGAUAAAGAACUCAGGUUAAAGGUCAACGAACUAAGAAGGCAAUUGGCAGAUCUUCAGAAGGAAGCCUUAGAGAAAGGGCUGAUCAGCGAUUGAAUGCCAGCCAAUUACUUUACAUUCCUUUGUUUUCUUUCUCACGAAGACUGUAGUUGAAUCAGUCCAUUGUGAUGUCACAAAAGUAGUGGACUUGUCUAUUUGCCCAUGGGCAAUUCUCUUGAUGUAUAUACAUGCAACCCGCUAUAUGCAGAACGUUCUUUAAAUUAUACGUCCUACUUUGUGCUUCAAACAAAUAGGGCCCCUGUCGUACAAAGAGUUACCAUUGAUCCAAUCAAUAACAACUGUGAAAAGCCAGCAACACCAACAUCUAAGAUACAUAUUUGAUCAAAAUAUUUCCUACAUGUAGAUAUACUGUAUAUUCAUACAUUCAUAGUGUUCUUGAAAAUUUUGCUUCUCUUUGCUUACAAAGGCCAUUGCGCAAAUUUCCUGAAGAGGAAAUUAUGACGUUGAUGGAUUUCCAUAUACGUGAAGUUGAUCGGAUCAAUGGGAACUCUUUGUAGACAGGGCACAGGGCACCAUCUUACAAAGAGUUACGAUUGAUCCAAUCAAUUGUAACUCUAUGGAAAUCCAUCAGUGUCAUAAUU